AUGACAACCCAGACUUCUGAGAUCAGUCACAAUGUAAGCAGCGUCACAAUCUCUCACAAUACAGGAACAAAGAAAGUUAUAGACCGCAUUGGGAGUAUGGGGAUGGGGGGAACUGGGAGAACUAACUGGCUGGAACUAGGACUUGGCCAUGGCCCCCUCAACCCCAGUGCCGCUUUUUCCAGCAACACCACAGGCUGAGGUGGGAGUGCUCAUGCUCCUGGAGCGAGGCGAGGCGACGGACCAGCCAACUCCUUCCCCUCAGGGCCUUAUGCCAGCGAAUCACGAAGCAGAAAUGGGAUCUGCGCCUGGCCGUGCCACCGCAACACAAUCAUCGAGAGCCAAGCAAAUGAAAGAGAAUCCCAUGGAAUGUCGGAUCCUCCCAACAUCCUGA